AAAAGCGGGUCCAAGGCCAAGCUAGCGGGACGAUUGUGGAUUUGAUGUGGAUCUUAUGCAUCUCCAUCGGAGGAAGCUUGUUGCCAAAAUCGCACAUCAGAUGGUCUGAACAGAUCUCGCGAUGUCACGUCGUUGACUUCGAGCUUUUGCCAGCGCGAGUCUUGUUUUCGAAUUGUGGCCUCGCGCUGGACGUUAUUCCAUGUUUUAUUGAUGAGUGGCCGUCAUAUCUAGCACACGAGCUCUCUGACUGACUUCACUCAGGCGGCGGCGAUCAAAUACCAUCAAUAAACAGACUUCUAGGCUUUGAUGCCAAGGACUGGCUCUGUCAGGAACGCACAUUGCGAAGUCGAGCGUCUGGGUAGUUCCCUGCCCAUGGUGGAGAGGUAAUGGGGACCGUGACAUGGUUCUACUGAACCGUCAGCUUCGGAGUUUUGGGCCUGGCAUCUGCCUCCAUGCGAAUGCGCCUUCGGAGACGGCUCGGGCUGUGGUGGAUAAUGAGAAGAUACGACCGUAGGGAUAUAUAAGCAGCAUCCCAACUCGCUAUCCUGGGGUUUGUGAUCAUUCUCCUCACUACCGCUUCCCUCCUCCAUCUCUUUUCAGACUACAGCUUCUUCUCCAGCUUAGCCAGCUUCCAUAUCCUCACGAUGAAGGCCGUCGUAAUUCUCGCUUUUGCCACCCUUGGCCUAGCCGGUGCCGUUGGAAAGGGACACGGAGGCUCCGGAGGUGGUCGUGGAGGCCCUCCCGGCAAAGGCCAUGGGAGACCUCACCCUCCCAAGCCUACACCCAAAGUCUGUAACCCGAUGGACAGCUGUAACCGCGAGAUCCUCGGCCUUGGUCGCAAGCCCGUCUCCCUUGAGACGCGCAGCGCCGACUGCGCUGAGUACCUGAAGGUUACCGUCACUGGCGCUCAGCGCACCUGGACUGAGACCAUCUAUACCACCUCCGGCCAGAUCGCAACUACCCCUGCCCCGGCUCCCGUUGUCACCGCCGCCCCCAAGCCUGUCCCUGCCUACGCUGACGAGUGCCGUCGUGAUGACGACUACGCCUCCGCCUGCGGCUGCCUCAGCGUCAACGUCACCACCACCACAGUCCGCGCCGCUCCCGCGUACGAAUAUCACUUCGGUCCUGCCGAGAACUGUGAUGAAAUCGCCGUCCGCGAGAUUCCCGAGUGUGCUCACGAGUGCUUCAACACCCUCACCCCGGCGUGGGGCUGCACCGGCAUCAGAGAUAUGGAGUGCCAGUGCGGUGUCAACUUCCAACCUAUUGCUAUGGCCAUGGGCGAGUGUGUUCUUGAGCGCUGCACCCAACAGGAGUACAAUGCUGUUUACCCUGCUGGUCUCAACGCCUGCCGCUGCGCUGCUGCCUCUGCCAACCUCCCCCAGCCUACCAUCAUUCUUUAAAUUGGGCUACUAGACUAGAGGUUUCAAAGAUUCGGUCCGUUCAGGUUAGCUAAAAUGCUUGUUCAAUCGGGCUUUGACCAAAAUGCACCUUGCAUAUAAUAUCAACACCAUGACCGUGAUAUCUUGCCCCUUUUCAGGUGGAGCAAGCUGAUCCCCAAUUCUGCCUUUCACUUUUAAUCGACACAAGCACAUGAUACAUGUCAGUCCUUAGAGGUACUGUCAUUAGCCUUGUAUGGUGCCUCCGAUUUUCUGAUUCUGGCCUCAAAUGCACUUUCUGCUGCACAUAGGUACCUUCCCAUUCUCUUUGAAAUGAUUGGAAAAGUGGGAUGACCAGGCCACCUAAAUGUUAUCACACACAACAAGUGCACGUCUCAAG